CACAUGGUAUUGGAGCGCAACAUGCAGCUGCAUCCGCGCCACUUCGGCCGCAACCUCCGGGAAAACCUCGUAUCCAAGCUCAUGAAAGAUGUCGAGGGCACUUGCAGUGGUCGACAUGGAUUCGUGGCAGCAAUAACAGGUAUAGAGAAUAUUGGGAAAGGCUUGAUUCGCGAUGGUACUGGAUUUGUAACAUUCCCUGUGAAGUAUCAAUGUGUUGUCUUUAGACCAUUUAAAGGCGAGAUCUUAGAAGCUGUUGUGACUAUGGUCAACAAGAUGGGAUUCUUUGCAGAAGCUGGACCUGUUCAAAUUUUUGUUUCAAACCAUUUGAUUCCAGAUGACAUGGAGUUUCAAUCUGGAGAUAUUCCCAAUUAUACUUACUUCAGAUGGAUCGGUUAAGAUUCAGAAGGAUACCAAAGUCCACCUGAAGAUAACUGGAACUCAAGUAGAUGCCACAGAAAUUGUAUGUGCUCACCCAUUCGUGUUUAAAUUAUUACAUCACUUCCUAGCAAUUCAUUUGUACGCUUUUUUUGUUUUUAAUUAUAGAAUUUGAAAUUUGUGAAGGUGAAAGUUGUCUACAAGCAACUCAAAAAAUAAAUUGCACCAAACAGCCUCUUAGUGGUAGCACUUGACAUGAAUUCUUCUUUUGAAUCCUGCAAGCUUGAUAAUAUAGAGGUUUGUUUAGUGCCAAACGCAGUUGGAAAGAUGAAAUUAAUGGCUUGAACAUCUCGUAAGGUAGAAAAAUCCCACCACCAUCUAAAGCUAUUUUCAAGACAUCCUACAUGCUUUUAACUGUA